UCUGGAUCCUUUCAGGUGACAGGGGGCAUUGUAACUGGGGUGCAUAAGUCCACUCUUUCUAAGCAUCUUUCAAAAGUUAUUGAUGGACUUUAUGAUAAUUGCAGAAAAUUUAUUUUUUUCCCCACAUCACCCAGAGGUUGGCGUGAUGUUAAGAGGGACUUUUUUCUUUUAGGUGGCAUACCCAAUGUCCUUGGGGCCAUUGACUGCACUCAUAUUGCCCUAAGACCCCCUGUGCGCAGGGAGAUAAUAUUUAGAAAUAGGAAACACUUCCACUCCUUAAAUGUGCAGAUUAUAUGUGAUGCAAACAUGCGCAUAUUAAAUGUUGUGGCAGGGUUCCCAGGAAGUAGCCAUGAUGCCUACAUCCUCAGGAAUUCUGGUGUGUGGAGAUUGUUUGAGACAAAUCAAAUGCCUGAAGGACAUCUCCUCGCAGAUUCUGCAUAUCCUCUUAAAAAAUGGAUUUGGACACCAUUGAAAGAGAACCAGGUUGUUGGGCCUGCUGAAUUAAGAUAUAAUGAAGCACAUAUCCGAACACGUGCUAUAAUAGAACGACUGUUUGGUGUUCUAAAAAUGCGCUUUCGCUGCCUGGACAGAUCAGGGGGGGAUCUCCAAUUCAGUCCGGAAAAAGCUAUUAAAAUCAUAGUGGCAUGUUGCUGUCUACACAACAUGGCACAGGAGCAUGGGAUGUUGAACGACUUACUUCCAACACCACAGCCCCCAGGUGAAAUCUUUGAGCCUGAUGUAAUUAAUCAUCCCCAACCCCUCAAUGCCCAUUUGGAGAGAUCUGCAACUAUUCAAGAAUUCUUUUCAGAUUGAAGAUUCUCAGAAAUGGAAUACCACUCCCCUCCCUCUCUCCUCAUCCCUAUAUUUACCACAUUUUCCCUAAAUAAAUGUAUACUUUACUCAAA